GUUCACUACAACUCAUCCUGUUUCACUUCAGGAACUUUUAACAGACACAGUUUUUAGUAUCGGGUGGAAGUUCAGAGACUAUGGAGCCAAUCGUGAUCGAUGAUGAUGGUAAUGAGGGAUGCUCAGAAGAGGCAAGCAGAACCACAGGACCAGAAUAUGAUUCUUCGGGGAAAUCAGGAGUAGCAGAACAUCUCAGUCUUGAAGACCUUCAAACACUCCUGAAGGUGUUGAAGAUUAGACUGCCCAGAAAUGUUCUUAAUGAUGAUGUCAUUAAGGCGUACAAACACCCUGGCUUCAGCGCAUUUGCAGAAGACAUUGUAAAAAUCCUGAAAAGAACUGCAAUUCGACUGGCACCGAUUCCUCGACUGCAUUGCCGGAAAGUUAAACGUGCUCACAGCCUGACAUCGCAAAACAAGAUUCUAGACAUUACCUUAAUGAUUUUUUUUGAAAAUCGUAAACCCAAUGAGAGAACCUUAAAACAAAUGUGGGAAAGAAUUCCAGCCAGAAAUCGUCGAGGAUUUAAGAUGAAGGACACUUACCAAGAGAUCUCCAAAGGAAUCAAACGUGCAAGGGGUGGCGACCUAGCAUGUGGAGACAUCAUCCUAAACCAAAGAAAUGAAAAGAAAUGCUUGAAAUCCUUCGUUAAAGAAAGUGGUCUUUCUGGUGUGCGCUACCGGAGAGAACGCAGUAUAGAAUUUGAGUUUCUCUCAGGAAGGCUGGACUUUCUAAUAAAGGCUAAUGGCAGUGAACCCGGUACAUCAGAGAACAUCAUACUGGAGUGUAAAGGAACCAAAGGUUACAUGGCAGGAAAGGUGUUCCGGAGACCUAAAGAAGGUCAUCUGGCUAAAUUAAUCAAGACUCAUCCGUAUUAUUACCAAACUCAGGCCUACCUGUACAUGCUGAAGAAAACAAGGCCUCAAGAUGCUUCAGUCAAAGCUGCCAUGGUAAUUAGAGAAUAUCAGGAUGAUGAAGAUGAGGAAGAGACAGAUGAGGAUGAGGAUGAUCAGGAUGAUGAUGCAGGAUACCAGGAAUAUAAAGAUGAUGAUGAAGAACCAAAGGGAGAGAUCUAUUACAACUAUCUGAAAGGGAACACACGGAGGAUUGAGAAGCUGAACAAUUACUGCAAAGAGUACGCACUGCCCCUUUACCUGGCUGUCCUCAACAAGAUAUUUGAGAAAGAGAGAGAGAGAGUAAAAUAAUGCUUUCAUUACCCUUUUAAACAGGACAGAACAUCAGCUACAACAAACAGGAAUCUCUGAUGUUCCUGUCUCAGCCCUUCUUCAGAUCAUACAUGAACAUUCAGCCUUCAGUAGACCAGCACUCCAACAUAGUGGAAACACGGGAUUAUCCAGUUUAAAUAAACAUCCUGAAGUGACUCUGAUCUUCAGUCUCCGUCUGUACUGAUGGUAUCUCAGUGUGAGGCGCAUGAGACUUCAUCAUUCAGACAUUACUGUUUUAGACAUGUGAGUGUGUCUUCAUUUACAUUUCCUCUGG